UACUUUACGCCCAUAUACAUCAGACCUUGACCAUUAUUACUUAUAAUAUUCGAUUGAAAAAUUCAUCAGUUAUUAUUUAUGAAUUCUUCAAUAGUGUUAUCUUUUAACACCAAACAAUUUGAGUUACGAAACCUCAACAAAGGUAACACGCUUAAAAAUUAAUGAAUGACAGUAACAUUUAUGACUGUUUACUAAAAACUAAAUGAAGUAUUCAUUAUAAUGCUGAGAAUUUGAAUGAAAAUCGUGACUUGAGUUGCAUAUAUAUUUAUGUAUUCAGUUCUUAAUAUGCAAUUCAUUAUGUUGGUUUUAUGUUCAUAUAUGAGUUGUAUAUUAGCAGUUCCCAAUAAUACUAAUGUUAUUUUCCCCUUAAAUCAAAAUGAUUCUAAUAAAGAAAUUUGGAAAGCACCACCUCCAAUGCAUUUAUCUAUGCCACCUGUUUCUUCACUUUUGGAAGUAUCUAUGCCACUAAAUAAAAUAGCACCAAUUGCAACUGACACCAAAGAGAUGUUAACAUUUGGAUUAAGGAAUGCAACAAUAAAUCUUGAUAAAGCAAUUAAUAGUGAAAAUAUUAAAAACCGGAAAUCUGAUCAUAAUAUUAUUAUUUCACCUAUAAGUAUAGCUGCAGCUAUGGCUCUUAUUCUAUUAGCAACAGCUGGUGAAUCUAAAUCAGAAGUUGGAAAAUUUUUGGGUUUUGAUAGUACAUUUGUUGAUACUAUUGAAAAAAAUGAAAAUAUUUUCAAAAGACUAGGAUUGUUACUGGAUAAAUUUCAAAUUGAUACUAAUAAUACUGUAGGUACAACACAAAUUAAUUUAGCAAAAUCUAUAUUUGUUCAAGAUGGUUAUAAUUUAACAAAAAAAUAUAGAGCAAUGGCAAAAGAGUUACUUAAAAGUGAGCUAAUUAUAGUAGAUUUCAAAAAUAAUGGCUUCCAAGCACAGAAAAGGAUAAAUCAAUGGGUAUCUAAUCAAACUCGUGGAAAAAUUAACGAUAUUUUACCAGAUAUUCCUCUACCCGAUACUAAAACAAUUAUAGCAAGUGCUCUCUAUUUUAGUGGCGAAUGGGAAACUCCAUUCCUUCUCAACUAUACAAGAGUAAAACCAUUCUAUGCUGGUCUAAGUGCGCCUGAAAAAAAAAUUAAUCGUGAGAAUAAAGAUAAUAUCUAUGUACCAACAAUGGUGGGAAACAGUGAAGUUUUGUAUCAUUCAAAUGAAGAACUUGGAUUUAAAGCUAUAGGCAUACCCUAUAAGGGCAGAAAAGUUUUUAUGUAUUAUGUUCUACCUAACACAAAUACUUCUCUUAGAGAUUUGGUGGCUAAAAUGGAUGGAUAUUCUUUACAAAACAUAACUAUGAACACUACACUUAGUGAAUUUCUUUAUUUCAUACCUAAAAUGACACUAGAUUCUUUUACUAAUUUGCGACCAGCCAUGCAGAAAUUGGGCGUCAAUAAAAUAUUUGAUUCUUUACAAGCAAAUAUGAUAAAUAUGGCAACAGAUUCAAUGGCUUUCGUUAGUGAUGUUUUGCAUAAAGUACAAAUUGUAGUGGAUGAAGUAGGAACAGUUGCUUCAGCAGCAACUGUUGUAACUGUGUCAAGAGGUGGUUUACCCGUUUUCAAUGUAAAUAAACCAUUCUUAUUUUUCCUUCAUCAUGUAGAAAGUGAUACAAUUAUAUUAUGGGGAACUAUUUACAAACCUAUGCCUUAUACAACCUCACCACCUCCACCUCUACCUUCAUCAUCACCUCGGAUUAAGACACAUACAAGACACUUUUAAAACAAAUAUAUUUAAGAUAAAUCAUAUAUUUUUUAUUUAUUUUUUAUAACCUUAUUAUAACUUAUACACAUUAUAAAUAUAAGUUACUUUUGAUAGUCAA